ACGAAUCCGUGCAUCUGGUUGGGAGCUAAGGGGGAGUGGGUCUCGCAAUGUUGCCAUGCCCGGCGUCUUGGCUCGCAUGUGCGCAUACCCUUAAGGCUCCAUGCUGCCCACAGCCUGGGGCCCGCCGUUAUCACCAAAUCCCACUCCAAGGAAUGCAUAGUUUUGUCUGCACGCCAUAGCCCUGCCGAGCAGUAUCCGUAUAUUCAGCAAACAGAAUGUUUCGCGACUUCUCCUUCGACCAAGCAUCGCGGUCCGACUACGCGCACCAAGCUGAGCUAGACGACGACACAGCCAUCUGCCCGACGUCAACAUUACUCGAGCCGGAAAAUCUCCCUAGUCGACUGCCAACACCGCCGCCGUGUCUGAUAGGCGACCUGGCACACAAGUUCACCCAGCAAUCGCUCCGCAUCAACACGCACAUCUACCCUCGCCACAACGCUCAUGCAUCCGCCCCACUUACUCCGCCAAGCGACGAGGGUGCAUUCCCCACCGAACCGUUGGGUCAGGCGGACCGCCCAACCUAUUCUCGCGUGUCAUCAUCGCUGCUCCGGAUGCAGCGCCAGGCCAAUGCGCGGAUGCAGUGCUGCCCGUCUCGCGUGAGGGAUAUCUCGAGGCUGGUGCGGAUGAUCGAGGCAGAGGAGCAAUGCACAGUCGACGAGCCGGCUUCAGCGUUGACGGUCGAUGAGGCUGACGAGGGGAUCGACAUGGACUACGACAACUCGACCAGAAGGGCGGAUCUUGUGGCCGGCCUGUCCCUCCGGCGAUCUGGGGAGCGAAGAGACGUUGGAGGUGCCAGGAUUUCGAAGAGCGCGAGGAUGCGCAGACGGACGAGGGACGAUGGCCUCAAAAUCUCCACGCGGGUCACAUGAUUUGAUUGGGGUCGAGGCUGGUUCACUCGAAUCGCGUUUUGCUUUGUCUUUUUGGGAGGCGUUAUAUACCCUUUGGAGCGUUGAGAGACGCAUUCAUUCGCAAACGUGGGGUUUGUCUUUUCGGUUGCAGAGCUCCCUUCGGGUUGAGCCUGGUGUUGUUGGAUGCCUCGAGCGCAGUACUAUAGUUACUGCGACUGUCGAGUCAUAAUAUCACUCUUUGACAUGCA